AUGGAGUCUUCAUUUGUUGAAUCGUUUAGUAUAUUUGAGAACAAGUGGUUAAUUAUCAUCCCAAUAAUAAUUGCAUGCAGGUUUUAUUUCAAAGGAACGCAAUUCAAAGAGCGAAAGUCAGCUAAAGGAUUAGUAGCGGUUGUAACAGGUUGUAACUGUGGUAUAGGAAAACAAAUUGUACGUGAGCUUAACUAUCGUGGAGCUAAGGUGUAUAUGUUGUGUCGCAGUGAGCAACGAGCGCACGAUGCUAUCGUUGAACUUGUGAAGGUAAAUAUUCAAAAACUAGCAAUCAUUAUGCGUUAUGGCGAUGAAAGCCGCUUAGAUAUUCUGGUCAAUAAUGCAGGCAUCAUGCUUUAUCCAAAAUUUAAGCUCACUGAUGACGGCCAUGAAUUAGUCUGGCAAACAAAUUACCUAGGGCAUUUCUUACUUACUGAAUUAUUGUUACCACUCCUUCAAGCUUCUCCUAGUGCGCGUAUUGUCAAUGUUUCUGCUCUAGCUCAUUUUUAUGCUGAUCCGAUUGAUUUACUAUUAAUUGAUCGAAGGGAAGGCUGGGACUCGAGGCAGUCAUAUUCUAAGUCGAAGCUUGCCAUGGUUAUGCACGCAUAUGAGUUAACAAAACGAUUACGAGCAAUUGAUGCAUCUCACGUAACAAUAAAUUCUUGUCAUCCUGGACUGUGUAAUACAAGGCUGAUGCGCUAUACACCUUUGGCAAAGAAACCGUUUAACUACAUUACAGCUCCAUUUAGAUGGUAUUUGUUGAAAACUCCGAAAGAUGGCGCUCAAACUCCAUUAUUUCUAGCUUUAUCAAAGUUUGUUGACGGUACCUCAGGACUUUAUUACAGCGAAUGUAAGCCGCAGCCGUUUGCUGAAGCAGUGCAGUGGGCGAAAAAGUGUGCAGAUUUGUAUGAUUAUUCGCUCUGUGCUACUGGUCUUGAUAACAUCGAGCGAAAAACAAUUUAA